AUGUCUCUUCCUAGGCAGCUGAGGAAUGAGAGUGACUAUGACCAGCUUCCAGAUGAUGUUGCUGUUUCUGCUACUAUUGCAGACAUCGAAGAGAAGAGAGGCUUCUCCAGUUACUACGUAUUUGUGAUUGAGGUGAAGACAAAAGGCGGAGGAAGGUACAUGAUCUUCCGGCGUUACAGCCAGUUCUAUAGCCUGCAUGGGAAGCUGGAGGAAAGAUACGGUAUGGGAAGCAAAAACAGCCCUUUUACCUGUACACUCCCCAUCCUGCCAGGGAAAGUUUAUGUUGGUGCAAAGAGAGAGAUUGCAGAGAGCCGGAUCACAAUACUCAACACAUACAUGAAGAAACUACUUAGCCUGCCCGCCUGGUUUCUGAUGGAUGAAGAUGUCCGGCUGUUUUUCUAUCAGUCCCCCUUUGACACUGAGCAGACACCACUGGGGCUGAGAAGACUUCGGCCACGCACUCGACGAGUAAAGAGUGUAUCUCCCCAAGAACCUGGCUUUGACAGAAUGGCAGCUCCGCGGGCUGAGGCACUGUUUGAUUUUACUGGGUCCAGUAAACUGGAACUAAGCUUCAAGAAGGGAGACGUGAUCUAUUUACUAGGCAAGGUCAACAAGCACUGGUUUGAGGGAACUGUCCGAGGUACCACUGGCAUUUUCCCAUGUGCUUUUGUGGACAUCAUUAAAGACCUCCCACAAGAAGAGGACACUAUCAAUUGGCUACGCUGCUAUUACCAUGGUGACAAUGUCAGCUCCAUCAGGGACAUUUCAGUGGAAGAGGACCUGAGCAGCACACCAUUGUUCCAAGACCUUAUGGAAUUGAUGAGGCGAGAGUUUGGGCGCGAUGAUAUUGCCCUGAAUUAUCGUGAUGCAGAGGGUGAUCUGAUCCGUUUAAUCUCCGACGAGGAUGUUGAGCUUAUGGUGUUACAGUCCAAGGGCAGGCCUGUCUUCCCAAGACACAUCUUCCCGUGGAAACUGCAUGUAACCCAGCAAGACAACUACACUGUCUACAACACCAGCCCACCAAUGCAAACAGAGAAAGAACCCUGA